UUGUUUGACGUUGAUUGUUUUUGAGCGUCAUGGCCGACCUGUCUGAUCCUGACUUGGGAGCUGCAUAUUACAGGUCUAGCGACCCUGUUAAAAACUUAAAAAUACGUGUGAAGUUAAGCAGAAUUUCAUCAUCAAACAUUGUGCCACAAAGCAAUCUAGAACAAGAUGGCUCUAAUCUUGAGAUGCAAAAGGUGCAAGAAAGCAUGCAGGACAUCGAAGAAAGGGUGUUCAACUGGCAGCAAAAAGAGUUCAGCAAGCGAGAAGUUGUGUUUUACCAAAACAUUGCAAACUGCACAACACAGCUGGAGAAGGACUACAAUGCUCAAGUUACAGAAAUACUGAGCAGAGGUCAACCAACCAACAGAUUAUUUACAUAUGUGGACCAUGAUAAUUUCUCACAAGAAGAUAAGGCUGUAAUUUUCAUGACAAACUCACCAAAGGAAACACCUACAAUCCUAGCAGAUAAAAUGGCACAUCUACGCAGACGAAAAAUUGGUGGUGGAAAAAAGUCGAGAGAGAGGAGUAGUGCAUUUGUCCCUAAGCUUAACAUUGUGGAGGAGACUCCCUCUGAGGAGCUCAGGAACAAGAACCACAUCAUGGCAGCCCCGGCACAAGUCAUGUACAUCAUGGCUGAUCUGGGACCUAAGGACCGACCCUAUGAGGACGGGGAUGAGGUCAUCUUGUGUUCUCUACAGCUGGACGCUAACGGUGUCUUGUGUAUCAGGCCAGACUUCAACAGAGGGAGGAAACCUUAUGUCGCCGAGACCGCUAGUCUGGGAAGGGAGGUUUUUGAAUAUACCAUUGAGCAUGAUUCAAAAGUUAUGAGUAGACAAGAUCAGGACAGAGAGAUGAAGAUGUAUAGAGAGGUUUACAGUCGUCAUAAAGACUUCCUGUCAGCAUGUGUCGGGCAUGAAUUUGAACUUCCUCCUCCUGAAGUGUUGCGGCUUGUGGUCUGUGGGGAAAUAGAAAGAGCCAAAAAUUUUGAAUAUGAUGAUCUUUAUAUUCACUUCUUUGUUGAUAUACCUAAGAAUUGGAAGGUGGACAGACAUCAGCAGCUAUCCUGGGUAACCCAGACCUGUGCUACAAAAGUGGAAGGCAGGGAUGAUGUGGCACAUUUUAGUUUCCCUUUUGAGUUUGAAAUGUUUUAUAAAGAUGAAACUUACAUUGAAGAAAAUAAAGAUCCAUUUCCCCAUUUUCCAUUCAUCCUUAUGGAGGUGUUAUCUCUGGAUUCCUGGAACAGAUUUAGGACAGAGGGCUACACUUACCUAGCUAUCCCACCUCGCCCAGGAGUAUACAAGGAGACUGUCCACUGCUGGCGACCUUUAGGGCCAUCCUUUGUUUCUGAGAUGAGGAGGUUUUUCAUUGGUGGAUCCCCAGAGCUAGAGGACCCUACAUAUACUGCUAUUCCAUCCACUUUUGAUGGACCUCAUUUGAGCAAGUAUGGAUUUCGCACUGAAACAACAGGAAGUGUGGAUGUUAAAUUCAAUGUGAUAAUGCAGUCUAGGUCAUUUUUGGAAAAGAAAGCCAGCAAGAAGUCACUGGGUUCUCUCUUGGAUACCCUUGGAAUUAAUACAGUACAACAAAACAUUCAGUCUGUAUUAGAUGCUUUCAAGAAAGCACGACAAAGGAUGGUGAUUGCCAGAGAAAAUGCCACCUGGGAGUUGUUAAAGGACUCAAAACACAGAGACGACCUGUUUUCAAGGACCAAUUCUCGUUCUUUUACUUACCGUUUCAGCAUUACUAAAAGACACGACAUGUUGUGGUUUAAUUAUAGGCAUUUUGCUGCCUUGAAUUUUGUUUACUUCAGCAUAAAGUUACUUAAACAAACAUUGAUGUUUCAAAACUGUGCUAUUUUCUCCGAAACUGAACUUCUAUGUUUAUUCAGCUCGUCACGUAGUUUCGUAUUUUCUCGGAAGUCUUCUUGGUUUUUCAUAUUGGCGGUCAUUCAACCACAGAAACGCGAAUCACACUUUGCAGAAGUGAGAAACAUGCAUUCUGGGGAUGAUUCUGGAACAGGAAAAACUCCUCCAAAAAAGGAGAGGAAAAAGAGAGGCGAAGCUAAGAAAGAACCACAGAAGAAGUCUCCUGACCCCAAAUCUAGGAAAGUGGCUGGUGAUAAUGUUCCAAGAGGAAGCACCUUGGAGCAAGCCAGAGUGCCUACAGUGGCAGAAAGGAAACUAAAUGAUCAAGAAAUGCAGUCAAAAAUGGCACAAAAUGUGGCAUCAAACAUUCAAGGCAUCAGUGUGCCUCUAUCAACUAUUCAGCAUGGAAGUGUGGCUCCAGUCCAUGCGGUCAGUGGUAGAGAUGACCACAGCUCGUACCACAGAAGCAUCUCUCCAUCCAGACCUCAAGGUCCAGGGAGGGUAGUCCAAAGGCCAAUUCAACCUCAACAGCCUCAGUGGGUCCUUCAGGGGGUACAUAACCCACACAGACCCAGUGUACCUCUUCCCAGACCAGCCCCCCAACAGCAGGUUAUCAGGGAGCUUGGGCCUGUGGGCAAACAUGGAGGGGAGAGAAUUGUUCUACAGAGGCAUAUCACUCCUCCCAAUGCAGAGGGAAAUGGAAUGCUGCGACAACAGCUUUUCCAAAAAAUAUCUCACUACCCAGAAACACAGAGUCAUGAAAAUGUGUUUAGACAAUAUCAACAAGGACCUGCAUCAAGUAUAGCUUCAUCAGUUCAAGGACUGAUUGAACAGCACAGCAAGAUGACAGAGGCUGGUCGACAAAGUGGUGUCAGUAAAGAUAUACCAUCAGCUCACUCAGUGGAGAGGUUUUCUCCAGGUCCUCCUCAGCAGGUUUCUACAAUAAGAAGAACUCCUUCUCCAGCUCACAUACAAGUUGGCAGAAUAUCCCCGGCUCCUUCCGCUGGACAACGAAGAUCACCCGGGCCAUCAGGUGACAGGACGACACAGCCUGUGAAUUUAUCUGUGUCAGAGAUCAGGGAGACACUGGCCACAGCAAGGAUGACCAAGAGCCAGGCAGGGACAAUAUACUCAGGGCCUGUACACAGAAUAGCCAGCUCAGAGGAGGAAAGUACCUCUGGCAAAGAUAUGAUGAUAUUUGCUCAGACCCAGGGCGAUUUGCUGAAGCAUGCACUAAUGACAGGUGCCCUGCCUCCUCAUGUCCAGGGCAGUAACCUUUUCCAGAAGUCUCCACACAGAGAGCAGUCAGUGAGUCCACAUCACAAAGACACAGUAGGGGGUCACAUUUCUAGGAGAACCCCCAGUCCAAUUCCCCCUACUCGUGUUGAUAUGGGCCGCAUAUCCCCUCAUCAACAAAGACAUCCAUCUCCUCAACACAGACACAUACCCCCUCAUGACAGGUACACAUCCCCCCAGCAGGGGCUGUCCUCACCCCCUCAAAGACAGGUUUCACCAAACCCCAGGCGGGCAUCCCCGCAUCAGAAUCCCCAACAAAGAUACCCCAGCCCCUCACACUCACCAGGACAAAUCAGAGUGGUAUCUGGUGGCCCAGGAGGGAGGGACUCGGUCAGCCAAGUGGGUGCCAGUGGGAUCAGUGUCCCCAGGAGGACACCCUCCCCAAAACCCCAGCACAGGCACAAGGAAUCAAUGGCCGCCCUAACUAAUCCCAGGCCUCAGCUGCCCCCAUCUACAGUGAGCAUUGGAAACACAUCUGUUCCUAUUCGACAGCCUUUUGUGAACUUGGUUCGCUUACAGGAUGUUCCAGUGAGUGGUGUUUCUGUGAGUUCUCAUUCUGUGACACAAGUUUCUGCAAGACCUCCGGAUGUGUCUGGGACACAGAGACAGAACCCUGUAUAUCAGACACAGCUGUCUCAGGGAUAUGAACCACAUAUCUCCCCUGACAACAAGCAGAGAGAACAAGCACCUCCAAACCCUGCUCAAAUGCAGCCUCAACAGGUAUGUUUUAUUUUGCAGAGAAACCCUUUUACAUUUCCUCCACAAAUGCCAACAUCAUUUUCUCAAGUGAAUCCCCAUGCCUUCUCCCAGUACAAGGACACAGAAGCCAAACACCUGCCCCAGCUCGACCAGGAACGGAGGAGUUUACCCCCAGUCAGACCCGAGGUAAAGAGGGGGAGUCCUGACGAAAUGCCCAGGUUGACCCCUAUUGACCCAAUUAAGUCUGAAGAUCGGGACCCCAAUGCAGAGAUGGUGGAAAUGGAAGCUCCAUUCAGUAAAAGGUUACAGAACAUAGCUAAUCUCCCUACAAGUUCCAUCAACAGAUCAACAUACCGGGCCCAUAGUGUAGCUGUUCACAGGGCAAAGGCUGGGCUCAUUACAAGCACUGCAAAAUCUCUGGAUAUCUUGAGACAAAACUUACAGAAAUUCAUCAACAAAGAAAUUGAUGUCAUCAUUCAAGAUUACAUGGAGAAAUUUUUCAACCCUGGGAUAAGAAAUAUAAAGCUUAACAAUGGGGAGAAUUCUGUCAAUGAGGAACAUGUACAGGCAGUCUGUAGACAAAUCUUAGAGGAGGCCAAGAAAAUGUACUGUACUGAUCAAAGUUUCACUCCCACCAGACCAGAAAUCUCAGACACUGUCUCAGAAACAGGCAGCACAGGAAGUAGAAGGAUUAUCUCUCGGAAAAGACGAGGAUCUGAUACAGAUUCAGAGAAGAGUGUUCUCCCAGUCCCUAGAAAGAAGAAGGGGCGGCCACCAUUAUAUGUCUCAGGAAGGAGUACUCCCUCUAAAACAGUAAAAACAAAUGAUCCCAUUAAACGAGAAGGACCAAAGUGGGACUGUGAAAGGCUAACUACUGAAACUCUCUUUGUAAUGGGUGCCAAGGCAAAUAAGGCACUUGGUUUGGGGGCAACAAGAGGAAGAAUCUAUAUCAAACAUCCUGAGACUUUCAAGUACUCUGGUGACCAGGAUGAUAAGGUGUGGUUGUAUGAGAAUCAACACAUGCCCGCCACUGGAGGGAAGACGUACAUGUUGAUACUGGAAGAUAUCCAAGACCUGGCCCUGGAGGAUGAUUAUAAAGACAAUCCUAGUGUACAUGUGAACAGUCUGAAGGGCUUCUCUGUUCCACAGUGGAUGAUCGACAAAAUCAAAAUUCAGAUGGCUGCCCUAAGAACAGACACAAGUAAACCUAAAAGUCGCAGCAGGUCCAACACACCCAGCGACAUUAGGACAUCAGGACAGGAGGAGGAAGAUGAGGACAAUGCCCAGAAGAUUCCAUUCUCCUCGUUUGUCAGUCCUAAAACUGAGGACCAGGAUCCUGAUAAAGAUGAGAAAUCCUCCUCAGCAGACACGGAGACUGAGUUUUUCUCGGGAAAUGAUAAUGACAACACAAGUAACAUGUCCCCCUUCAACAUGACGGGGGGAUUUGAUGACGGCCCCUCCCCCACCUCAGAGAUAGAUAACAUGGAGGAUGAGGAUGGUGCCAUCAGCUGAGACAUUAAGUGGGCUGUUACUGAUUUAAAUGGCUCCUUUAUUUGACAGUGACAGUAGGAGUAUAUUCUGAAGUCAUUUGACAUGGAUUUCUACAUGGCAUGGGUCUCUUGACUCAAGGCUUAAAACUUGUUCAGAGAUUCUUGAAUCAAGGCUGAAAAAAAACGGAUAAUUAAUGUUAAACAUUAUAUCAUGUUUUGGGAGUCAACACUCUUUAAUCCUUAGAUACAAAUUACAUGUAUAGUUUUAUAUCUAAUCAGAUCAUUGGUACUAUUUUUUGAUUUGUUUGUGGAAAAGACACUAUGUUACCAUAGUCUAAAAAGUAAAGAUUCUAAAACAUAUUUUCUAUAUCAUGAACAGAGUCUAUUGUAAAUCACAAGUUGUUUACAACUGUAUAUACAGAAUAUAUAUAACAAUUUAGUGGAAAUCUUUUCAAUUAACGAUGUACUUGUAUAAAGAUUGAGAAUGCUCUGGUAGUAAUAAUUCAGAUAUUACUAAAUCCUUCAACUGGAUGAAUAUACAGUGCAAUUUCUAUAUCUUAAUCGUCCACUCAAGAUUAAGAUGGAUUGUUUCAGAGAGAAAUACAUCCAGAUUUGAUACAAACAUACAUUUGCAUUGUUAUGAAUUGACUUACUUUUCAGAUAUUUUUAAGGAAAUAACCAUGGAUGUUUUUAAAAGUCUGUUAUCCAUUUUGUGCAUAUGUACAUUUAGUGUAAUAUUAGGUAUGUGUACUUAUACUUGGUUAUAAAUGUAUUUUAUUGUAAAUUAUGUUAGCUUUGAGAAAAAAUUUAAUUGCACAAAAACUAAAAGUUUAUAUAUAUAGUAUUACUGUAUAAACUGUGUAUAUAAUUUUCGUAAUACAUCUCAGAUCAUGUUUCAUUUUCUCUGUUGACAGUAUUGUGACAAACAUUCAGCAGCAUAUCUGCUACAUGUGUAUGUAUUUCAAUAACAUGCUAGUGUUGAAGAUACUCUUUUUUUAAUUGAUGUAAACAAUGUAUAUUUAAUGUGAUUAAUGAAUCUUUGUUAUGUUGUUUAUUAUUUUUUUAAUUUCACAAACAUUUAUAAUCUCGCUCUCCCGUGACAAACAAUGGCAUACAUGAGGGUUGUCUAUAAAGUUAGUAGACAAAUGCUGAAAUAUCUGUACAGUGACCUGUACAUGUAUAAUAAUUUUGAAAAUAGACUCUGAUUAAGUGAAGGAAUAUCAGUUCAAAGUUUCAAUUUUAAACUUUGACUUCUUUUAUGAUUAGAAUAAUCAUUUCAUCCAAAACUUAAAAUUUUAUAAAUAUUCAACCCUGGAUUGUGCUCACUAUCUACAUCCUAUAAAUUAUUUACAAAAAAUUUAAAAAAUUAAAGCCAUACUGUUAUGACUAUCUAGGUCCAUUCAAAUUGGCAAAAACUCUUUUGUCCUUAAACUUGAUAGACAACUCUCAUAGAUGUCAAAUACUGUGGAUCUCUUAAUUUUUGUGGCACCUUAUUUUCCGCUACCAUUAUUCUUCUAUUGUUAAUAUUUGUGUAUUUAUUAUGAUACUGAGUAUACAAAUUAUCACUUUUGUUAAGAUAUUUGUUAUGAGUACUGUACACUGUAUGUGAAAUACAUUGUAAAUGACA